GGUGUGGUGAAAGGUUCGUUCACUGGCUGAUUUGAAUUGAAAGCACUAAGCCGUCGAACAGGAAAGUCUGCUAACAACAUAUCUACCAGUAGAAACACUGGAGUGGGUCGUCAGAGUUUUAGUUACCUGAGCACUUUACUCCAAAGGCCGCAAAAAUGAGCAAAAUCGCGAAAUUAUUCAAGGGGAGUUCCAGCUCGAGUUCAUCGAGCUCUUCGAAGUCCAAACACCACCGGUCGCGGGGAGGACCUUCCCCUCAGGAGGCCAUUCACAAACUGCGGGAAACAGAGGAAAUGCUGACGAAGAAACAAGACUACCUGGAGAAGAGGAUAGAGCAAGAAAUAAUGAUAGCCAAGAAGAAUGGCACAAAAAACAAGAGGGCUGCUCUGCAGGCCCUGAAGAGGAAGAAGCGCUUGGAGCAGCAGCUCACCCAGAUUGAUGGCACUCUCUCCACCAUCGAAUUUCAGAGAGAAGCUCUAGAGAACUCGCACACCAACACAGAGGUCCUGAAGAAUAUGGGCUUUGCUGCCAAGGCCAUGAAGCAAGUCCAUGAGAACAUGGAUGUUGACAAAAUAGAUGAUCUGAUGCAGGAUAUCACAGAGCAACAGGAUGUGGCUCAAGAGAUCAGUGAGGCCAUUUCCAGACCUUUCGGCGAGACAUUUGAUGAGGAUGAGCUGCUGGCAGAGCUGGCGGAGCUGGAACAGGAGGAGCUUGAGGAGAACAUGAAGAGUAUGGGCGGACUACCCAGCGUACCCAGCUCCAAGCUGCCUACAGCACGGCCCAGUCAGCGCGCAACAACCAAGAAAAGGGCUGAAGAUGAUGACGACAUGCGUAUGCUGGCAUCAUGGGCAACUUAAGUACAUAAAAAAGGCACCGUUAUAGUCACAGAAAGUGACAAAGAGAUAUGAUAUGAAGUUUUUUUUUUUUUUUUUUUUGUAAAGAUAUUUUGAGGUUUUUUAGGGAAAAUGAAGUACAUUAUUAUUUUUUAAAAACAAUCGACAACCUUAUAGCUACUUUGCAGAUUAUAUUUAUCAAGAAAUAAAAAAUUUUAAGUGAAGGAAUCAGCAAACUGUAAUUUUAAAUCUGCUUUUCUUUUCUUCACUACCUCUGUUUCUUUUCAUGUGCCAUUCAUAGCCAACCUCAGAAUCUACUGCUUAUAUAAGCCUGAUGAAGACAUGAAGAGGACUGUGGUGUCUUUAACACAUUGAGCAUUCUAUGUUGGACCACUGUAAAUAAACGUAGACCUUGCAUUAACACUGUAAAUAUACUGCCUUUCAAUGUUCAACAAUAAAAUAAU